AUGAUGAAAAAAUUAUUCAUAUUUCUAUCUAUUUUCUAUGAUAAUCUAUAUUCAAUUAUAUCUAAUCUUUUUAGCGGUUUUAUUCUGAAUGAUUUUAUUAAUGCUUCACGCAUGAUUUGGCCAUUGUUAAUGAAUCAUCCGCUUGCUUAUUUUGAACAUUAUUUUAUCUGUUAUCGAAUAGUUGGAAUUCGUGAACAAAAUCAAAAACAAUUCCAACAAAUUGUUCGUGAUCCAUUACGUAUGAUGUACAUAAUCAUGGGUUUUUUUGCGUUACGUUUGAUAUAUUUUACAUAUAGUACCAAAUACUCAAAUGAUCAAACAUGGAUCAUUUUGAAUGGAAACAUAAUUCAUCAGAAUGGUCUGGACAAUUAUGCCAAUCUAUUUGUUGUAUUAUUGAUAAUUCAAUCAAUAAUAUAUCUUAAUAUGCUUUAUUAUAAUAAUCCAAAUGCUAAUCUAUUGGAUCGUGUAUUGAUACGUAAACAAAAACGAGUAUUUUUUCGACCUUAUCAUUAUAGGAAAUAUUCGGCAGUCGAUUUUGUUGAAUUUACAAUGAAAACAUGGCUACAUUUAUUAUAUUAUUUUAUCAUUUAUGUUGAUUUAUGUAUCCUUGCAUCUUUUUGGUCUGCUUAUCGAUUUAUUGUCCAGAAUCGGAAUGAAUUCUUUAACCAAGGAUUCUUUGGUUAUUUACGAAUUGUUCAAGUUUUUCUGAAUCGGAUAUCGUUUUCUCUUUCUUUCAUCAUUUAUGCACAUGCCAAUGCAAUGAUGGCUACAACAGCUAUGGCAUUCAUGGUCAUAUUAACCGUAUUAUGCUGGCAAACCAGACAAUUUCUAUUACAUAAUGAUAAAGGACAGUUAUCCAACCAUAUUUGGCAUACAUUAUCACGAUUUCAAACUUGCCAUACAAAAAAUCUAAAACGUUUCGGUCUUGGCUCCAUAUAUAGCCGAGCAUUAUUGAUAUUUUUGGCAAUCAAUAUUCCAUUUAAUUGUUAUCAAUUAAUAUUUUUGACAUACCGGACAGACAAUUGGAAAAUAAGAUAUUUUUGUGGUUCUAUCUGGUUUCAGCAAGUAAUUUGCAUCUUUGGCAUACAUCUAAUGUUUGCCAUGUGUAACGAUAGUUUUCAAAAGUCAAGCAAACGAUUCAUAUCAUUAUUAGCAAUCAAUCAUAGAAAAUUUCACCAAAUCGAUUUUGGCCGACAAUUAAAAAUUACAAAUUAUGGAGAAAGUUUUCACACAAAAAAUAAAUAUGGUCUCACUUAUGGGAAUGUUGAAUUAGUUUCUAUGAUGGAAUUUGUCAAGUUUUCGUUAUUAUAUUCACAGGCAUUGAUGUUCAUCUAUUCACGAAUGAUUGAUCGUCGAUCAUUAAAUGGAAAAUAGAACAUUCAUCAAAACUUUUAUUAUUAGAUAAAUAUUUGCAUUCACUUAAUAAAUCGAUUUAUUUUUUUCCUGCUAAUUUAAUCGAUCUC